AUGGGAGGAGCGCGCGCCGCCGUAUCUCCCACGAGCCGCCGCUCUAUCACGCACCUCUACACAGAUGCCGCCAACACAGGCCAGGGGCUCUUCUUCUUCUCAUCCAAGUCUAUAUCAGACUGCUGGCUGGCCCAUUGUCACCAGCUUCAUCCAAGCAAUGCUGCCUCACUGGCCCUUGCUCAAGUCGCACACGCGCACAUCAAUACCACCGAAGUAGACGCCAUUCUACAAGGCUUCCUACUCUUCAGCCACCGUUGGCUUCAUCAUACUCUCGUUGUCCACACGGAUAGCUCCACAGCCUACACAGCACUGAGUAAAGGCUUCCUUCAUGGUCCGCCUAACGUACCUCUGAAAAGCCUACAUAUCCUAGCGGCGGCGAGAGACAUCCAAAUCGUGCCACAUUGGCUCCCUUCCGGGGAAAACACACUAGCAGAUGCCCUCUCCCGUAAUAACUGUCAAGAGGUUGCUAACAUUUGUCCCCACUGGCAGGGCCUCUCGGUGUUGAACCGCCCGCGUGGUUCUCUUCACGAGCUCCUCAGCUCAAUGCAGGCCACCUAA